AUGAAACUUACUUCUAAAUAUGAGGAAUUCAAAAGAAAUAGAAAGCAUCUUUCUCACAGAAAAGUUUUGUAAAAUGAGAACUAAACCAAGUCAAGUUUCAGCUUAAUCAAAGACGUAUAUGCAUACUAGAGUUAUCUACCUGCAAGAAACAAUUUUAAAUAUGGGUUACCAAUAGAUGUUAUACAGCAAGAUAAGUAAAAGUCUAAGUAGAUGCAUUAAACGCCUACUUUAUCUUAAAAGUACAAUGAUAGCAAUAACAAAAUAAAGAUUACCAAGGGUAAACGCCCUCUUUCGAGUAUGGUGGCUAAAUCAACUUAGAAUAUUAGGAAUGAUAAUACUUCAAACUAUGUAGUAAAUUAUAAUGACUAUCAAUAGAUGAGUGCUGGCAAAUCAAACAUCAUGUCUAGAGGCAGUAAUAGUAAAUAGAGGAUGUAAAAGAUAUAUGAAGCCUAUGAAUAGAUAAGUCUAAUAGAUGAUUACUAUAAAAGCCUAAAUAAUAAUGAUGAGAUUGAAAGAAUAAGAUUUGUAAACGACUAUCAAAGACUCAUGCAAAUAGUAAAUAAGAUCUAUAGUGCUGCUUCAAUUUUUCCUCAAAAAGAAAAAAUAGCUGUAAGAAAGCUCUUAGAAAAAGAAGUUCUUCAAAACUAGUCUCAAAACCCCUAAAUUUUGUUCAGAGUCAACAAAUAUAUAAUUCGUGUUUAAAAGAUUAUUGAAAUAGACUAAUAACUUGCUGCCCUAAUAGAAGAUCGUGAAUCAAAUAUACUAAAAUUGAAGAAAAUAAGUCAAUCAUUUACCAUAAAUGAGUUUAUUGAAAAAGAAAAUGGGAUCUAGGUACUUCUAAAUAUUAGGAAAUAUGCAUUAAGGAUACAUCAUUUAUUCAAACAAUAUUUGAGUUACAUCAAUACUGAGCACCAGAAAUAUAUAGGCCUUCUAAAAUGCUCUAAGAUUAAUACUGAACAAAAAUGCUAUAUGUGUAAAAUGAGAGAUCUUGAAAAUGAAGAUUUGAAAAGAAGUUCAGUCUUAUUGAUGAAACUUAAUGUAUUUAUAAGUGAUUUUACUCUUAGUAUACCCAAAAGCUAAUAAGAAAUCUUUUUAGACAUACAAAAAAUGAACCAGAAAAAGAAUUAUUUUACUAUGAAUGAGGUGGCCUCGUUUGACAAGAUAGCUGAUUAGCUGCAAGUUAAAGAGGGCUCUAAUAUUUACAGAUAAAUGAUUAAGCUAAGAGAAUUUCAGGAAGUGCAUCACAAUUCAAAUUAUUAAUCUAUACAAGCAACUGAUUAAAAGAAUUUGAUUACUUAAUCUGGAUUAGGUAUUGCAAAUAACUUUGUUAUUAGGUUUAAUUGGAGUUUUGAAGAUAAUGACUAGGUAGACAAAAGUAUCAGUGGAUUGUCUCCAUCUCAUAAAUUAGAGAGCAAAGUAUCUAGGAAUAAUUUAUCUUAGAGAGCUCAGAGUGCAUUGAACAGAUUAAAAUAGAUGAUGAGCAGAGGAAAUGAUAAAAAAUUCAAUACAGAACCCUAGCAUGAUUAGUUUGAAUCUAUAAAUCAAAUGAAAGAAGAAGCUACUUAUAGGGAAUGUAUCAACAUAUUUUAGAAUCAAAAUAAUAACGAGGAUGUCAAUUUGUAGAAAUCAGAUAUUAAGACUGAUCCCAAAAUGAAGUUAGAGUUUCUUGAAGAUAUUGAAAACAGUAGAAUUGGCUCGAUUGAACCUAUUGACAUAGAUCAUAACUUUAAGCAUAUUUCAAGUAAUGAUCACCUUUAACCAACCACUAAUGGAAAAGAACAGCAUAGAUAUUAAUAGAUCUUUAAUGAAACAAGCAAUACUAAAACUACAUAUUAGAUUCAAAAUGAAGGAGGGAAAAAAUCAUUUUAGGCAAGCCAUCAUAAUUAAAAUUCAGGUGCGUCAACCUAGCUAAAGUAAUAUAACAAUCAAGAGCAAAUUAUCAUUCAAGAAAAUUAGAGCAUUCACACAUUGUAAUCAGAAUCGACCUAUAAACACCAACUUAAAAAGGAAAUUGAUGAUGAGAAUAAAAAAGUAAGGCAUAAACUAUACAACUACCAAAGAAAUCUAAUGCCAAAGAUAAACUCAAACUCAUUUUAGAGACCCUAGACUCAGUAAAAUACCUAAUAGUAAGUUUAGAACAAGAGGAGAAGUUUACUGCAAAAUGAAAGUAGAGCGAUGACUGCGAAGAAUAAUCCAAGAUAAAGACUAAUGUCAUAAAUUGAUUAAAAUGCUGUUGACUAAAUUCAAUCGCAAAAUGAUGAUGAGAAUAUUAUUCAGAAACAAAUUAAACUUUACGAGUCUAUACGUAAUCAUAGAUAGAUAUCAAGUGAACCUCACUAAACUAUUAAAAAUAACGACAGUUUCAAAGAUUGA